AUGCUGAGCCUUGUGCACCUGCCGGACCCCGCCGACUGGCCAAAGCUGAUCCCGGAAGGCUUAAUCGGCAUUCUCUUGGAACUUCUCCACGACGACAGCGAGUAUUCCCAUCGAAUUGUCGCGCACGCGAUCAAGCACAUGCUUCCGUCAUCGUACCAUCCGAAAAUCGACGUGGUAAUGACAAGUGAAAUACAUUUUCAAUUAGCCUAA